GCCCUUCUCCCAAUAGGGCGCACCCGCCUUCUAUCAACAUCCGAAUUCUAUACCGAAGCUACGCGCGACCAACGUCUGUCUCCACUAUGGCCGACCCCUUCGAAGUACGCCAACGCUUCACAACGCUCCUCUCCCACCUCUCCGCGUCGCACACGUCGCUGCAAAAAGCCGCCCUCUAUGCGCUCAAGAACCGCGAGAUGGAUGAGGACCUGCACUCCUGCAUCUUGGAACAACUCGAGCGCACAAACAUGAACACGCGCGCAAAUAUCAUGUUCUUUAUCGAGUGCUUGUGUGAGAUGGCUGUCAAGGAAAAUGGCGGAGGGGAUGGGAGCGCCAUGGGCUAUGUGAGGAUGUUGCAGCGAGACAUUCUGGCUGUGGUCGAGUGCGUUGUUGGCGAGGAGGGGGCGAAUGUUAGAGUGGUUCGGAAAGUGCUACACACGCUGCAAGCGCUGGGGAUACUGCUUCCUGAGACGGUGUCUGAGCUCGAUGCCGUGCUCAAAUCCCGCGAAGUCGAACACCCCUUUACCACGGACACGUCGCCUGCCCAUCGUUCCAAUACCCGCAAUGGUAGUGCCAAAAUGGAUAAGCGGCAGGUCGAACAUAGGAUUGAAGAAGAUCGGGAGAGGCACAAGAGACUGAGGGAAAGUAUUUGGGCUAUUCCGGGUGACGAUGAAAAGGAGAUGGAGAGGCUCUGGGCAGAGGCGAGCGAUAUUGGGGAGGACGACUUUGUAGUGGGGAAAGAAGAUCGGGAAGAGAGGAGGCAGGCUGUUGCGUUUGGUUGACAGCGGCAAAGGAAUUACUCCCGGGAAUUGUUUAAACAUAGCAAGGCGUUGGCGUUAGGGUAGAGAGAUACCACGGGUAGGCAAAAGCGCCCGAUCAUUGUAGUGUAGUCGUAUAGUGUACGCGUAUAAAAUACACCCAAGAAUUUUGACCAAUGUCACGAAUAUCUGUACACGCUACAUGCAAUGCUAUGAUACAGUGUUCUCUUACAGCUGGAUCGUUCACGCCAUCUCCCAGCUGCGUGCCUCCCCUCUCUUCUAUCCCUCCACAGUACUGUCCGAGAGGUACUGCCUACUCCAUAACAACCGUAGCUCCCAGCGCCUUAAGCGUCUCCACAAUCUUUUCUGCUUCCUCCUUAGGGACCCC